UAUAAGAACUGAUAUGAUUAAACUUCAGGAACAAGUGAUUAGUUUACGGGAUCUUGCAAAAAAUCAUGAACGUACAAUUGCACAAAAGAAUAAGGUUAUUAGUGAUUUAACUGAUGAAAUAAAAAGAAUGAAACAUACUAUGCAACUCAAUUUAAAGGUAGAGAAUACUAAAAGAAAA